UCCCCGAGGUAUAUUGUCUGAAGCGCAAAGCAAAUAUAUUCAGACACGCUUUAGGCAUUUUUUUUUCCUCCAAAGAAAUUGGCAAAGAGAAUGUGGAACUCACUCUCCUUUCGCAUUCCUUAAGCCUGCACACCACGCCCGUUGUGCUCGCCGCUUCGCCGGAACCUUUCAGACAGGCAGGUCCUGGCCACCCCGAGGGGGGGUCCUCAUUUUGAAAACAGGAGCGGACCAAUCAGAUGCGCAGCGCUGUUUGGCGCUGGCGUUCAAGCUUGGCUGGGACUGCCGAGGUGCGGUCGCCGCGGUUCUGAUGUGUGCCGAGAAGGUGGGGCGGAGGCAUGAACCGAGCCACUAAGCUUUAGCAGGCGGGGGGCGGCAGGCAGGCUGAUGGGCUAAGGGAGAGGCAGCGUGUGAGACGGGGUGACGGCAGGGACCAGCCCGGGCGGGGACCGGGACUGGGGGGGAUCCCUGAGCAGCCGGCUGGCCCGGCUGGAGGGACGAGGUGAAGGUUGCGGUUCCAUCUCAAAGAUCUGAGCAGUCAAGGCCAUCCUGCGUGGAAGAGGACAGGUGGAAGUGUCCGGAAGUGUGAGAAACCCGCAGCAGGCGUGGGUCCCAGGAAACGGAAGAGUCAAAGGAAAAAGGGAGGUUUGUGUAAGUAGCUGACAGGGCCGAGUGACCCGGAAAGAAGGUCGGUGGAAGUGAAACGAGUGAAGUGUGGCCGGAGAGAAGAAGGUCUGUGUAAGUGGAUAGAGGAUCGAAGGAAAGCGGUGGAAGUGGCCGGGGCCUGGGGCCGAAAGGCAGCGGAGCCGAGCUCAAGCCUGAAGGUGUUUGGAAGUUGGAAGACUUGGUGGCAAACGAAAGUCAGGACCCGGAGUCGGCCUCGGCGAGUGGGAGACGUGUUCGGGAUGUGGGAUCAGAGAUUGGUCAGAUUGGCCCUGCUGCAGCAGCUUCGGGCUGUCUAUGGCAUUAAAGUCAAGGGUGGCCGCGGGCAGUGUGAUCGCAGGAGACACGAAACAGCAGCUACGGAAAUAAGGGGUAAGAUAUUUGGAGUUCCUUUUAAUUCAUUGCCUCAUUCAGUUGUUCCAGAAUAUGGACACAUUCCAAGCUUUCUUGUUGAUGCAUGUACAUCUUUGGAAGAGCAUAUUCAUACAGAAGGGCUUUUUAGGAAGUCAGGAUCUGUUAUCCGUCUAAAGGCACUAAAGAGUAAACUGGACCAUGGUGAAGCCUGCCUGUCUUCUGCACUUCCGUGUGAUGUUGCAGGUCUGCUUAAGCAGUUCUUCAGGGAACUGCCAGAGCCUGUCCUCCCUGCUGAUCUGCACGAAGCUCUGUUCAAAGCACAACAGUUAGGAGCAGAGGAGAAGAAUCAAGCUACAUUGUUGCUGUCCUGUCUGGUGGCCAAUCCUACAGCUGAUAUAUUAAGAUACUUCUUUAACUUUCUCAAGAAUGUUUCUCUUAGGGCGAGUGAGAAUAAAAUGGAUAGCAGCAAUCUUGCAGUAAUAUUUGCACCGAACCUUCUUCAGACAAGUGAAGGCCAUGAGAAGAUGUCUGCUAACACAGAGAAAAAGCUACGAUUGCAGGCAGCAGUAGUACAGACUCUUAUUGAUUGUGCAUCGGAUAUUGGACGUGUGCCAGAUUUUAUUCUGGAAAAGAUACCAGCCAUGUUAGGUAUUGAUGGUCUCUGUACUACUCCAUCCCUGGAAGGCUUUGAAGAAGGAGAAUAUGAAACUCCUGGUGAAUGUAAGAGAAAAAGAAGACAGAGUGUUGGAGAUUUUGUUAAUGGAGCACUAAAUAGACUUAAAUCUAGCAGAACACCUUCUGUUACACCUCAACAAGAUAGAAUUGCCCAGGCCUCUGUAUCACCAUUGAUUCUCACACCAAGUGUUAAGCGAAAACUGCCAGGAGAGUCUUCUCAUGCCUUCUCAAGUAAGAAAAGGAAGUCCAUCAAACACAACUUGAACUUUGAGCUGUUGCCAAGUCAUCUUUUCAGCAGCAAUUCUACACCAGUAUCAGUUCACUUUGAUACGAGCCCGGAUGGGUCAUCGCAGAGUUCACUCUCUCCUAUCGCCAUGAGUGGAAACCACUUGAUUGGUACAGACCUAAGGCGAAGUAAAAGAAUUGCAAGCAAAAAGGUUUACAGGGUGGAGUCAGGAAAAGCAGGUUGCUUCUCUCCUAAAGUCAGUCGGAAAGAAAAGGUCCGAAGAUCUCUUCGCCUGAAAUUUAGCCUGGGGAAAAACAGAGACUCAAAUGGAUGUUCUGUCAUCAAUAGAUAUGAAAAUGUUGGUCGACGACUAGCAAAUCAACAGAGUCUAAAAAAUAGGAUUGAAUCUGUAAAAACAGGCCUGCUUUUUAGCCCAGAUAUUGAUGAAAGAUUGCUAAAGAAAGAUGCCGAAAAGAUGAGGAAAUCUGAGGAACACUUACUAACUCCAGAUGGACUAGAUGGAACAGGUUCCAGGAUGUCUUGGACAGAACCCAGCAAUUCAAGUUUUCAAGACAUGGGUGCAGGCGGAGCUUCUCCAGUAAUGAGCAAUCUUGAGGUGAAGAGCUUUUCUUUGGAGCCCAACAAUACUGUUGACAACUCACCAGUUGUGUCCUGUGAACUCAGACCUUCCACCUUGCACAGUCAACCUGACAGCAGUGUGCUGGGGAGUUCCCUUAGUGGAGAUGAAAGUAACCUGACCUCCGAGACCUUGCUAAAGAUUCAGAAAGCGUUUUCCGAGUCUGGGAGUGAUCUUCAUACACUGAUACAUCGUGGGCAGUCCUCAGUCACAACCACAGGGGAAGAAAGUGAGGCCAGCGAUGGGCCUGUGAGAGAACCAAGGGGAGAUGAUGGGGACUGCAUUGGGGAAGAUAGUGGGCCUGUGAGAGAACCAAGGGGAGAUGACGGGGACUGCAUUGGGGAAGAUAGUGGGCCUGUGAGAGAACCAAAGGGAGAUGAUGGGGACUGCAUUGGGGAAGAUAGGGACUGUGUUCCAGAAAGAGAUUUCUCAGCGUGUCCAAGUCCAACAUUGGGCAGAGAAGCAAGCGUAGAAUCUUAUUCAACUCAGAUGAAGGGGGAACAUGAAGAAAACAUCCAGUCAGAAGUGCCAGAAGCUGACUUGAUCCUGCAAGAAUUCCCCAGUGAGGAGCAAACGAAGGGACCACAGCCCCCAAGGAACCAACUAAAUGCUCAGUCAGCGGGGAAUGAGACUGUGGUGGAGGAGAGCUCCAUGGCGUGUGAAGCCGCUGGGGAAGAUGAAGCUCACUCUUCUUCAGAGCAGAGUGCAUGCAGUGUGCUAGUCCCUUCAAAACCUCAGCCCCAGAGACUGGCUAAGCAUCGGUCACCAGUGGGAAAAUGCGAUAAUGCGGUUCCUGGAGGUUUACAAAUGACGGAGCAUGGCAAGGUUUCUGAUCACAUACAGUGGUUUAAUAAACUUUCUCUAAAUGAAGCAAACAGCACAAAAGUGAAGUCACCUCUGAAAUUUCAGCGUACUCCUGUCCGUCAGUCUGUCAGAAGAAUUAAUUCUUUGUUGGAGUAUGGCAGGCAGCCUGUGAGGCAGAAGUUGGCAUUCUUUGGUGAUGCAGCUUCUCCUCUGGUAAAGUCAGUGAGCUGUGAUGGUGCUCUUCCCUCAUGUGUAGAAAGUACAUCGAAAGAUUCCUCUGUUUCAUGUACUAAAUUAGGUCCCGAAGCACAGAAGUCUACGUCGUGUGAUAAGUCAAAUGAUGCAAUUUCAAAAUCAAGCGUUGAAUUAACUUCUAAAUCUUUCUCAAAAGUUAAGAGACAUCCAGAUCCUGUGCAUGCUUCUCUUGGAACUACUAGACUUUGUAAACAGGAGAGCAAAUCUGAUGGCCAAAUUAAGUUUCCCUUGGAUGAUCUCACUAAUCAUGAUAGAUUAAAAUUUGCUGUAAAUAAUAAUACAGCCUUUCCUCCCGGAAUGAAAAACAGAGUUCUUAGGAAACCAUCAGAAAAAGAAAGGGUCUGGUACAAGGGUUCUCCCAAAAAUCCUAUUGGAAAGACUCAACUCCUACCAACAAGUAAGCCUGUAGACUUGUAACUGACAGAUGUCAUACUUGUCAUCAGUGUUUAUAAAGUUAGCAGUUGGUGGGAUGGUUUGCAGGGUCAUCGUGCGCUAGUGUGUAGCUAAGGAUGCUUGUUAAGCAGCUUCUCUCUGAAGCAGCCUCACUGCUGGCUGGAACAAUUUGGAUUUUCAUACUUGCACAUAGAGCUGUUUUGUUUUUAUUACUGAAGCAUUUAAACUUCAUUGUGAUUUCUCGAAGCAAAGGUUAUAAUUAACUUUAAAAAUCCUGUUGGCUAGAUUUAUUUAAAAGAGGGGCAGGUUUUUGGUUUGCAUGCCUGAUAGGAAGUUGUGCUUGGUUUUGGUCAUUCCUCCAAGUCCAUUACAAAUCUCCCACGUUAAGGGAAUGGGUAGCCCUGCCAAUCUUAUGUCUUGAGUUAUAUUCAUGUCUGUUGUCUUGACCUAACUCCUCAGAGGUCUGCUAGUACUUAUUCCUGUUUGGGGCAGAGGAAUAUGGUCAGUGUCUCUUGUAGGUGUAUACAAGGUUUCACUUGAAUCUUGAAUUAAGGACAGUGGUUAAAUCAGAAUGAUAACUAAGUUGCAUUCAUACAUUAUGGUGUUGAAGUAAUUGAUUAAUUUUAAGCCAUACUUUAUUUUUGAAGAUAAUUUUGAUCUAUUUUGUCCAAUAUGAAAAUGAAAUUUUUAAGGAGGAAUAAUUAAGCUUGAAAUUUUUAAUCAAGGUUUUUUUCCUAUGAAGGUGGUUGAUUUUAGAAUUUGAAUUGCUAAUGUACCUCUGUACAUUUUGCUUAGAUAAAUAUCUGAUAGUCUUAUCCUCUGUUUAAAUCUUAUUUAUUUAGUGUACACAUUAAAAAAUAACUGCU